AAUUGGGUCAUGAUAGAAUGAACUCAACUUUCGGCGAGGUUUUCAUGUUUUUAACAAAUUUAGCUUGGAAGAGUCGCCUAAUUAUACCGCUACUAGUAACAACGGCGUUUCUCAUCAUGGAUGUUAGAUUCCAAAUUGAAAUUAAUAUACAAGCUGGGCAAGCGGCGGCUGCAGAUUUAGAUCAAUUAGCUGAUAAUUCGGACGACGACGACGACGAUAAUACGAAUGGCGAUGUCGAUUAUGAAGAAUAUACGACUGAUUCGCAGGAUGAAGAUGAAAACGGUAAUGUUAAUGAAAGUAUGUUUCUUGAUCAAAAUGACAUAGAGUCCGAAUUUGAUUAUGAUGAAAGUCCGGCUAAUCAAAUUAGAAUAUCUUUGGGUUUAACUUAAUAAUCAAAUCUUAGUACCUACCUCCAAAUCGUUAAAUAUAAUUGUUCAAUAUUUCUUUUUUUCUUCUUUUUUCUAUUUUUGUUGCCAUCUGACUCACAAUCACUUUGUUAAUUAC